UCCCGUAAGCAGUUCUCUGGGAUUCCAACACGGAUACAGCCAUUCCUUCCCUGCUCAUCAUACAGGAUCCACACACACUAUACUAAUAUACCAGGAACAUGGAGAUGCAAAUUCUGUGGCUUUUACUCAUUGCUGGAUCCAUGGCACAAGAAGACAUGGAUAGAAAUGUGUUCCUGUUCCCCAGUCAGUCUGUCGCUGAUUAUGUGGUUCUGACCCCAAUGGUGACUGAGCCUUUAGAUAAACUCACAGUUUGCUGGAGGAGCUACUCAAUCAGCAGAAGAUACGCUUUUUUUAAUGUGGGCACCCCAAAGUCACAGAUCGAAAUGUCUGUUGUUCUCCAGUCCGUACCAUGUUACUCCUCAGAAUUGCCGUACUGUUUUUCCAACAUCGUAAUAAACAAUGAGCAGGUAUCCAUUCCUGAAAAGGCCGAUCCUCUGGAGUGGAAUCACAUCUGUGUGACCUGGGACUCUAACACUGGAGUUCUACAGCUUUGGGUUAAUGGAAAAGUCUCCCCUCGCACAGUCCUGCAGGAAGGCUCUUCUAUUGAUCUCCAGGACGGUAUCAUCCUGGGUCAGAAGCGAUUGUAUUAUCGUAACGAGUGGGAUUCCCAAAUUUCAUUUCAAGGGGAAAUAUGUGAUGUCCAUAUGUGGAAUAGGGUUUUGUCUCCUGAGAACCUAAAACGGGUUCUGCUACAUAAAAGGUAUAGAAGUGGGAAUGUCAUUAGCUGGAGGUCACUGAACUACACUGUUAAUGGAAAUGUCACUGUUCAACCCAAACUCCAGAGUAUUCAUGGCUGUGAGUCUGACAGCUUACACAAAUCAGGGAUGUCGCAACAAAAUAUAGAGAAAGUGAAUCUUGAGGCCCAGACAAAAUCCAAUUUGCAUGGUCCUAUGGCAAAAGUUUUAGGCCACGACUCCUUUGGCGCUCCCUUGAGCCAUAAUUAUCCAUGCAUGCCGGGGAGAUCAAAACAGAAAAUAAACAAUUAA